CUGCUGCAACUGUCGUGUAGCGGCAUGCCAUCUUUAUAUUCUACUUGUUUAGUUGUUUAGUAGACAAGUGCAUUUUUUGGUUAAAAAUGAAUAAGUUGUUGGAACCGGUUUGUGAAACCAAUCCUUUGGUCUACUUGGACAUAACAAUUGGAGAUGAAUUUGCUGGACGUAUGGUGAUUGAGUUGCGCAAAGAUGUUGUGCCCAAGUCAGCGGAGAAUUUUCGUGCACUCUGCACAGGUGAAAGGGGUAAUGGUAAAUUGGGUAAACAAUUGCAUUACAAGGGCAUACGUUUUCAUAAGGUAACACGACUUUAUGUCGCACAGGGUGGCGAUGUUGUCAAUAAUGAUGGCACCAGCGGUGAGAGCAUUUAUGGCCCGGUUUUUGAGGAUGAGGGUUUUACAUUAACUCACGAUGAAGGUGCCAUUAGCAUGGCCAACUAUGGCGAGCCAAACUCGAACAAUUCACAGUUCUUUAUUGUCUCAGUGUCGAGCAAUAAUCUGGAUGACACCAACGUGGUGGUCGGCAAAGUUUUACGCGGUCUAUCCAUUGUGUCAGAUAUGGAGCUUGUGUCGUCAGAUGAUGCCAGACCGCAGGAGGACAUAAUCAUUACGGAUUGUGGAGAAAUACACCCGGGUGAAGAUUGGGGUUAUCUGGAUAACGAUGAGACUGCAGACAAAUUGCCGCCUUACCCACGUGAUUGGGAUAAAAAAUUCGAGGCAUAUACUAUCGAGGAAAUGGUAAAUAUACUAACUGGUAUACGCAUUGCGGGCAAUCACUUUUUCACGCAACAAAAAUUCAAUGAAGCACGUCGUAAGUAUCGUAAAGGAAAUCGUUACUACAAUAUAUUACGUUUACGUUUCGAUAAACCGGAACAUAAACAUCUCGCAUGUGCUGAGGAUGAUGUCAAGAAGUUGGAGGAAUUUUCAGUACUUAAUCACACGAAUUUGGCAGCAGUGGAGCUGAAGUUGAAGAAAUUUUUGGAUGCAAAGCAUUCAUGCUCAGAGGCAAUUGGCCUAAAUGAGGACUUUGCCAAGGCGUACUAUCGCCGCGGCCAGGCGAAUAUCGGUUUAAAAGAGUACGAAAGUGCUAUUGCCGAUUUAAAUCAUGCAAAUGAAAUAACACCCGGUGAUAAGUGUAUAUUAAGUGAAUUAGCACGCGCUAGAAAAUUACUUGCCAACUACCAUCAAUCACAAAGGAAGGCAAUGAAAAAUCUCUUCAAAUAACCAUUGUGGACCUCGCUAACAAAACGUGUUAGAUACUAUCUGUUUAAACUUAUUUGCUUCUCUUCUCUAUUAUCUACAUGCAUUCACAUAAUAGUUAUACAUACAUAUAUACAUAUAUUUUUUACUACUUGUAAAUUGGUCUGCUGAAAAACAGAGUACAUUUAUAAUAUUAAUUAAAAGUGAUAGACACACACACAUACAUUCACACAUAGAAUUAUUGUUAGUAUAAAUCUAUAAUUAGUAAAUACAUACAAGGCUGUUUUAUAUUUGCCCCUUUUUAAAUCCACUAUAAUUGUUAAAUUAACAUAAAAUAUUUUGCAAAUAAACAAAAUGAGGCUACUCACUGACAUUCACACAGUUGUAAUGAAAGAAAAACAAUAAUAAUUAAUACAAAUACACAAUAAUAACUUUUUAGA